ACAUGUCUUCAAACCUGGCAUCUUCUCCUUGCUUUGUGAAACGUCAAAUUCAAUAACACUAAACAUUGAAUUUUGAUUUCAUAACAAUUUUCAUGCGAACUCACUUUUUUAGAUCCACUACUUAGAAUUUGCAUUUGGAACCGUUGAUAAAAUUAUCCCAAUAUGCGUAUAACCGCAGUGUUGCAGAAAAUUGGCGAAUUUUCGAAAAAGUACGCCAACCUACCUGAGUCUUACGUAAAGCGGAGUAUGGAACAAGUACACUGGAAAACUCCUCGUGGUAAACCUCAGUAUCUGCCCCGGACGGUGGAGCGCAAAAAGUAUCGUUUCACGACAAAUCGUCCUUGGACGGGACAGUUCCGCCAGCAGAAUAUGCCGGGAACUAUUCGCAAAAAAGUGUUUGUCGAGCCGAUCGCCAACUGGUCGUUCUUCAGAGGAGAUCGUGUGGAGCUGCUCGUUGGGAAAGAUAAGGGGAAACAGGGUAUAGUGAGUCAGGUUUUCCAGGAGCGCAACUGGGUGAUUGUGGGUGGACUGAAUUGUCAUCUACGAAAAGUUGCGGAUGAAAAAGACUAUCCGGGAGUGAUGAUAAAAUCAGAAUCACCCUUGCUUGUUACGGGUCAGGUUCGUUUAGUAGACCCGUCCGACCUUCAGGGGACAGAUAUUGAAUGGCGGUACACCGAGGAUGGCGAGAAGGUUCGGGUUUCAACGCGCACGGGAAGAAUUAUUCCAAUUCCUAAAUCGGACGACGAAACUCACGACUAUAAAACGAAAAGUGUGUACAUAGAGCGCCCCAAAGAUACUCCUGCUGGCGUGGUUCAAGAAAUCACUUUCAAACCGUCUUUGCAAACAUUUGAGAUGGAAAUAAUGAAGGAUAUGGGAAUUUAUGAAGACAGGAUACCUACGAAAACAUAUUGGUACUAGUUAAAUAUAACCAUGUUUCGAAUCAAUAGAAAAAUAAAGUGUAAAUGUAAAAAAUUUAAACAA